UAUAGUACUAAAUACAUGUAUACGAAACUCGGGCAAUACAGUGCAAUUUUUUCACAAUUUUAUUAUUUUUUAUGUCUUGACUAUUUGUAAAUGAUAGCGUUCUACUUGUACUGUUAUCGGAAUUCACUUAAAUUAUUCAAUUAAUCACAUUCAAAUUGAGUAAUUUGAUAUCGAAAUACUUAGUAAUUACAAGAAAGUAAAAAAUAUUACCUAUAAAUUCGAGUGAAUACCAACAUUGUUGUGUCGGUAUUGAUAAUUGUGUGUAAUAUUUGAUAUUAUUAUUGUCAAAAAAGCGUUCUAAGAAGGUACAAUGUAUAGUAUUCUGUAACUAACUAUAACAACGUCAAAAAUCGUUCAUGAAACACGUCGCCCGUCAAUCAAUAUGUUGUAUAGUUGUGAUUGAAAAAUUAAUUUGUUGGUGAAAUGAAUAAAAUAUAUUUGUAAAUUAUAGCAUUUUCCUAGGCAUCAUCAUUCAUUCCAGAGAUUAGCAUGGAUCUAAAUCAGUCACAAAACGUCUAUUAUGAUUAUUUAUACACGAUAAAUCCGAUCGCAGAACGCAUACGCAAGGACGUUGAUGCUACCAAGGACGCAUAUCAAUCUUUAUGGCUUGAGCUAACUGUUGACGAACAAAACAAAAUACUGGAGGAAUCAAUUAUUAGCCCAGAAACUGUAUUGAAAUAUUCAAAGUAUAAAACAUCCGACAAAAAAAUUUCCGAAGGUGGAUUUUCUUGGUUUACACGCAGUCAGUUGGACCUGUGCAAACAUAUUGAUAGUGUCCGAGAGAAUUUCUCAGCAAAUGAAUGUAAAACUACGGUCGUGAAACGAAUAGCUUCCAAAGAACCGCAAGACAACAAACUCAUUAGUAAAAUUAAAUCUAAUGCUCUGUUCAAAUCGCUAAUGCCAACUGAAGAUAAAAACAAAGCAGUAAAAAAUGAUAGGACAAAGCCUAAAGGCCCUCCUCCUCCGCCACCACCUCCACCACCACAAGUCUUAAGUCCUAAGCAAACAAUUCAAGAUUCUACGUAUAAUAUUCUUAAUAAUGAUGAUGAUGAUGAUGAUGAUGAUACUAUUCCAAAGACAGGAUAUGACUUUUUAGAUAAUUGGUAAUUACUAAUUAAUAAUAGUCUACUAUAUAUGUGGUCAUAACAAAUAUAAAAUUGGUUUGCCAUAACAAGUUUCAUAAUUAAUAAUUGUAUAAAAUAUUUAAAUGAAUGGAAUAGCUACUAUUAGAAUUAUUUAUGUAUGUAAAUAAUUUUAUAGUAGAAUAAUUAAUUACUUCAAAACAAUUUAUUAAUUUUUGUAUGAACUUCCUAAAUAACUUAAAUAUCAUCUAGAAUCAGAAUUUAUCAUUAUAGAGUUAUAAUUGUGUACAACUUAUUUUUAAUUUGUAUAAUACUAUAUAAGAUUUACUGUUGUUAAAUACCAAAAAUACUCUUAUGUGUAAACGCUAAGUAUUAAUCCUAUAUACAAUUUUUUUUUUUUUUUUUUGUUACCUAUUUGCUUUUAAUUACAUUUCACAUAAAAUUAUUUAUUUUAGUUCUAUAAGUACUCCUUAUUAUUACUACUAUAUUUAUAUCAAAUACAAAAUAUUAAAAUAAUUAUAAGCACAUUUGCUAAUAAAUUAUUACCUUGUAUGUUGUAUGUAUUGCAAAUAAAUUCUAUUACAUAUCAACAAUAAACAUCAGCUAAUUAUUAUUUAUUUUUUUUUAUUUAGUGAAGAACUUGCUUAUGUUGUUUCAAUACAGCAUGUCAACAAUUUGCCAAUUUGCAAUUUGUCUUAGUAAAUUAAAUAAUUAUACAAUUGUCUAUAAAUUGCUAUACAAGUUUAUAUAUGUAUAUAAAUUUAUAAAAUAUGUAUUAAUGGUCUGUAUUUAAUACAUAGGACUAUAAUUAUAAGUAAUAUUGUAAUAACACUAUUAACAUUAAUUAUAUUAUUAUAAAUUAUAAGUAGGUUGUAAUAUAAUAGAACUUAUAUUAUCAUUGAUUAAAUAUUUUUAUGAUUUA